AAUCCCCACACUUUGGGAGGCCGAGGCGGGUGGAUCACCUGAGGUCAGGAGUUCAAGACCAGCCUGGCCAACAUGGCAAAACCCCGUCUCUAAUAAAAAUACCAAAAUUAGCUAGGCACGGUGGCAUGCGCCUGUAAUACCAGCUACUCAGGAGGCUGAGGCAGGAGAAUCACUUGAACCCAGGAGGCGGAGGCUGCAGUGGGUCGAGAUCGCGCCAUUGCACUCUAACCUGGGCGACAAGAACGAGACUCUGUUUCAAAAAAAAAAGGAGCGGUUACCUUAAGCAUGAUGAUAUCACCAGUUGAAAGCAAUAUCUGAGUGCAUAAAGAAGUUGAUGAGUUGAUAAACCAACAACACCUAAUUAGGGAAAGCAUACGGAAGAGAGCUGUGUUGCAAUCAAAAGGUUUUUUUUUAAUUGAAUGUAAAUGCCAAUCAAGAUACAUUGAAAUAAGGACCUGAAGAUGGCAAGACAGUAGAAAGCAGGAGUAAGAGUGGAAAUGAAAGCAGAAGGUCCUACAGUGUAGGGGAAGCAAUGGAAGAACUUCUACCUGAUAGACAAAUAUGGGCUACUAUGGAUCCAGAAGAACGAAUGUUGGCAGCUGCUACAGCUUUUACCCACAUCUGUGCAGGGCAGGGUGAAGGAGAUGUUAGGAGAGAAGCCCAAUCUAUCCAAUAUGAUCCCUACAGUAAAGCUUCAAUAGCCCCAGGAAAGCGACCUACUCUUCCUGUGCAACUACAGUACCCACAUGUAGAAAGUAAUGUCACUUCAGAAACAGUCUCUGAGGCCUCCCAAAGACUCCGAAAGCCAGUGAUGAAAAGAAAGGUGCUGCGUAGAAAGCCAGAUGGGGAAGUAUUAGUAACAGAUGAGUCAAUUAUCAGUGAAUCAGAAUCUGGUACAGAAAACGAUCAGGGUCUCUGGGACUUAAGACAAAGGCUGAUGAAUGUGCAGUUCCAGGAAGACAAGGAAUCUUCAUUUGAUAUUUCACAAAAAUUUAAUCCACCACAUGAAUACCAAAGAAUUUCUCAAGAUCAGCUCAUUUGCUCUCUACAAAGAGAAGGAAUGGGCUCUCCAGCUUACGAACAAGACCUCAUUGUUGCCAGCAGACCCAAGUCCUUUAUUCUCCCAAAGCUGGACCAAUUAAGCCGAAACCGGGGCAAGACAGACCGGGUAGCCCGGUAUUUUGAGUACAAACGGGACUGGGACUCAAUACGUUUACCUGGUGAAGAUCAUAGGAAGGAAUUACGCUGGGGUGUCCGAGAGCAGAUGCUUUGUCGAGCAGAACCCCAAUCCAAACCUCAGCACAUAUAUGUCCCAAACAAUUAUCUAGUACCAACGGAGAAGAAAAGGUCUGCACUCCGUUGGGGUGUUCGUUGUGACCUUGCAAAUGGUGUCAUACCCAGGAAGCUUCCCUUCCCUCUUUCUCCUUCUUAAAUCUUUUUAAACUUCUUUCACAGGAUUGUUUGAGAUAACCCAGCUCUUUAUAUCGUUCCUUUUAAAUAGAAACAAUUGUCUUGAAAAGCUCUUAGAAACAUCUUACGGUAAGGACUUCACCUAUCAUUGGUCUUUCCUAGCUAUAUAUCACAUUGGUAUCAGAUAAUACUUCCAAAUUGCCACUCAAAUCCAGCAGUUGCAAGAUAAAUCAUCAGAAAGAACAACAGACCUGGUAUUUCUAUUUUGUCAAAUUAGUAAGGGCCCUUUGUGUCCUGUAACCUUUUUUACCUAUCAUUGUGAGUUGCUGUACUUUAAUGUGUGUUUUUUAAGUUGCUGGGCAUUACACUUAUCAAUUAAAGUAUUUUGGAAAUUCA